AUGGUAUCGUCAUGUUUCAGUAAGCAUGAAACAAAUGAUUAUCCUCGUGAUAUGAUCGAUAAAUUAGCAAAUGCUUGUGAAAAUGUUGGAUUCUUUUAUGCUAUUGCAGCUAAAAAGAAGGAAAAAAAGAAAUCAGAUGCCAAUAUUGAAAUAAGUGAAGAAAUAAAAGUAUUACGUGAAAUUCGAGAUCUGCUAGCCUAUAAAUCGUCAAUGGCAUUAACUGGUGUUGAAGUAUAA